AUGGCUUCCACCGAUUCGUCUGCCAACCGCUACCUCAUCUGGGGUGGCAAGGGCUGGGUUGCCGGCCACCUCAAGACGCUGCUCGAGAAGGCUGGCAAGGAGGUGUCCACGACGACGAUCCGCAUGGAGGACCGCGAGGCCGUGAUUGCCGAGCUGGAGCGUGUCAAGCCCACGCACGUCUUCAACGCGGCCGGCUGCACGGGCCGGCCCAACGUCGACUGGUGCGAGGACAACAAGGAGGCCACGAUGCGGUCCAACGUCAUCGGCACGCUGAACUUGGCCGAUGCUUGCUUCCUCAAGGGCAUCCACCUGACCGUCUACGCGACCGGCUGCAUCUACCAGUACGACGAUGCCCACCCAUGGGGCGGCCCCGGCUUCAAGGAGACCGACCUGGCCAACUUUGACGGCAGCUUCUACUCGGAGACCAAGGCCCACGUCGAGCAGGUCAUGAAGCACUACAAGAACGUGCUGAUUCUGCGCCUCCGCAUGCCGGUCAGCGACGACCUGAACCCGCGCAACUUUGUCACCAAGAUCUCCAAGUACGACUGCGUCGUCGACAUCCCGAACAGCAACACCAUCCUGACCGAUCUGCUGCCCGCCUCGGUCCUGCUGGCCGAGCACGGCGACACUGGCGUGUACAACUUCACCAACCCCGGUGCCAUCUCACACAACGAGGUCCUGGCCCUGUUCAAGGAGAUUGUCCGGCCCGCGUUCACCUGGAAGAACUUCUCGCUCGAGGAGCAGGCCAAGGUCAUCAAGGCCGGUCGCAGCAACUGCGAGCUGGACACCACCAAGCUCACCACCAAGCUCAAGGAGUACGGCUACGAGGUCCCUGAGAUCCACGUCGCCUACCGCAAGUGCUUCGAGCGCAUGAAGGCUGCCGGUGUGCAGUAA